AUGUUUGGAAGCAGUUCAUCGAAUCAAGGUAAAGGUUCUUUUGGUGGCUUCGGUACAACUAGUAACAACAAUACAAAUCCUAAUGCAAGCCAACCUCAACAACAAAGCGCAUUUGGUGGUUUUGGAACCAACACAGGAGGCGCCGGAGCUUUUGGACUGACUUCGAAUCAGCCUUCCUUUUCAUUUGGAGGUGCUAACAACAAUCAACAGCAAUCUGGAGCUAUAUCGAGCCCGUUUGGAACAAAGACAAGUUCUGCAUUUGGAGGCGGCUCAACAACAACAUCAACAUCAUCAUCAACGUUACCUGCAUUUAAUCAAUCGACGAGCAACAAUAAGGGUACAACAACGCCUGGUGCAGUAUUCUCUUUUGGAAAAAAAGAGGACUCAGCUCCUACAACAGUCAGCGGAGGAGGAAUCUUUGGUUCCGGUCAAGCAUCUCAACCAGCAAUACAAGCAGGUGCAGGUGCAGGUACAACAUCAGCAUUUGGUUCUGGUUCCAAUUCCUCUGUGCUGUUUGGAGGUAAUUCUACAGGGCAACAAGCGUCAACCCAGCCAGCAUUUGGUUCCACGGGAACUCAACCAGCCGACCCACAAAAAGCUUCAUCAGGGACUGCAUUUGGAUCAUCAACAAAACCACAGUCAAACCCUUCUCCAUUUGGAUCUACUUCUGCUUUUGGUAGCAAUCAAGCCAAUCAAAGCAAUCCAGCAGCUGGAAACCUAUUUGGAGGUGGGGCAACUUUCGGUGCUAAAAAGGAUGGAGAAUCAUCUUCAUCACCUGCACCUGCUUUUGGAUUUGGAUCCAAAAGUGCUCUGCAGACGCCGGUAUUUGGAACCGCUUUAAAUUCGCAACCUGGAAAGACAAGUAAUAGUGCCCUUCUUUUUGGCGGAGAAAAGAAAGAGGCGACACCGGCCGCUUCCACAGGUGGAUUAUUUGGAACCAAAAAGGAUGAUGCUUCUACAACUGCAACUACCUCGGGCGGAUUAUUUGGCGCUAAAAAAGAUGAUACAUCUGCAACUACAACCACUUCAGGCGGAUUAUUUGGCGCUAAAACAGAAUCAACUCCUGCCGCUUCUACAGGUGGACUUUUUGGAGCUAAAACAGCAUCGACCCCUGCCGCUUCUACAGGUGGACUUUUUGGAGCUAACACAGCAUCAACUUCUGCCGCUUCUACAGGUGGACUUUUUGGAGCCAAAAAGGAUGUGCCUGUAUCUUCAGCAGAGGCUGGAAACACCGGAAAACCCAGUACCGGCUCGAAUCUCUUUGGAUCAUCAACUUCUGGUGGCUCUGGACAGGAGUCAACAGCCACAAUCUCACUGAAUGGAGGCGGCAAAAAGGAAGAUGGCACAAAAUCUCAAUCUUUGUUUGGUGCUAAUACACUGUCAAGUGGGUUCCUGUUUGGUGCCAAGAAGGAUGAGGAUAAAGAGAAACCAAGUGGGUUCCUGUUUGGUGCCAAGAAGGAUGAGGAUAAAGAGAAACCAAGUGGGUUCCUGUUUGGUGCCAAAAAGGAUGAGGACAAGGAGAAACCAAGUGGGUUCCAGUUUGGUGCCAAGAAGGAUGAGGAUAAAGAGAAACUAAGUGGGUUCCUGUUUGGUGCCAAGAAGGAUGAGGAUAAAGAGAAACCAAGUGGGUUCCUGUUUGGUGCCAAGAAGGAUGAGGAUAAAGAGAAACCAAGUGGGUUCCUGUUUGGUGCCAAAAAGGAUGAGGACAAGGAGAAACCAAGUGGGUUCCUGUUUGGUGCCAAGAAGGAUGAGGACAAGGAGAAAACAAGUGGGUUCCUGUUUGGUGCCAAGAAGGAUGAGGACAAGGAGAAACCAAGUGGGUUCCUGUUUGGUGCCAAGAAGGAUGAGAAAGACAAAACUAAUACCACCACCAACUUUUCCACCGCUGGAGCUGAAUAUGCAACUGCAUCUUCAACAAAUUCUGUUCAGCCUACUUUGAAACCAACUAAAAUAGAGCCUAUUCCCGUAUCAAUUGAUAAUAAAAAUCUUGACGACUUAAUAUUGAAAUGGUCAAAGCAAUUAAAUUCUACAUCAAAGAUUUUUGAAACGUAUACAGAUAAAGUAAAACAGUGGGACAUAAAAUUGGUUGAAGGUGAAAGCGCCAUUACCAAGUUGAAUCAAGAUUCUAUUGAAGUGGAAGCAUUGGAAACUAAAAUUGAUCAACAAUUAUUUUUUGUUGAAAAUCAACAAGAUGAAUUGGAAAAAAUACUAGACAAUUACGAACAACAGACGGAUCUCUUAUUGAGUAAUAUUGAGUUGAAUAGUGGCGGUAGUGGUGUAUUUAGUCCAGUCGUUGCAGCUACAGUCAAUAGACAAGGAGCCAUUUCUGGGACACCCGCAUCUGCAGGCUCCAACACAAGUACAGCUUUAGUUAGCAAGGAUGAACAACAACAACAGCAACAGCAGUCCAACUAUAACCUCACUUCAAAUAUGAGUGUUACUGAUAAGUUACGUGAAAAAGCAUACUUCAAUGCCGAAUUACUAGACGAAAGACUAGACGGAUUAGGAGAAAGUUUGAACACAUUGAUCAAUGAAGUGAAUUCAAUAAGCGAUGUGUUUAAUAAGAAUAUGAGUAAUAAUUUGAACCAAGCGGUGCGUGCUAAAACCAAUGACACGAAUAAACAUUCAUCGUCAUCAUCGUCAUCAUCAUCAUCAUCAUCAGAGAGUAAAAAGCAAGAUUCUAAAAAUCUAUUUGAAAUCAUACAGUUGUUGAAUCUUCAUUUGGAGAAUUUGAAAUAUAUUGAAACAAAGGAAAAUGAAUUGAAGAAAAAGUUGGCUAAUCUUGGUUGA